AUGGAAGAGUUAUUGUCCUUAGCAUGUAUUAAGGAAGACGAAUUAUUCUGGUCUCAACUAGCUACAAGCUCUGAGCUAAAUCCAGAAGCUGUCAAACCCAGCGAUCUUGACAAACAACUUGCAGACGGCAUCCAAUGCGGCUUCACUGGUCCAUUUGAUGAUAUAUCUGCAGAGCUUCAGGUCGAUGAUGCCCAAUUCUUUACUUUCCCUGAUGAUCGUCUUCUUGAAGUUCCUUCUCUUACUCUUCUCAAUGCUGCUGUCAAAGUGGCCCAGCGAUUACGUAUCGGCCAAUUAAUCUGGGAUUUCACUGCUGUCAGUCCAUUCUACACGGGGAUUGAUUCUAGUCCAUCGACCUCAUCGCUCCCAUCCUUGGAAAGUAGCGUGCCAAAGUCGACUGCAUCGCCAGCAAAUUCAGUGGAUCUGAUCGAUAUUCCAUAUCAUCUGCGACCCACACCAAUUCAACGCCGUAUUCCACACCAUCCGAUCAUAGAUUUAUUGCCUUGGCCUAGUACCAGAGAUAAGUUGAUUCAAGUAUUUCAUCUUCCUGUUAAUUUUCGACCGGAGAAUGCUCGCGAUCCUAUGGGCAUUCUCAGAUUGGUUUAUGACUUGGAGGAUGAUGGUGGAGAAGGCAUGAGAAUAUUCGGCCAAGAUCCUUUUGAGGAAAACAUAUGGGAGAUAGGACAACUUGUGUUUGAAAGAUGGUGGUGGGCAUUUGAAUUUGGAGUUAUUGACAGGUGUAAUCGGGCUAGGGAUAGUAGGGGUGAGAGGCGGCUAUCACUGGAGAAAAGCUAG